GAAGGAAGGAGAUGAUUAUGUGAGUGAGUCACGAGUGGAGAAGAGCGAGAGAGGGUUGAAGUCUUCGUUUUUAUUUCUGGGUCUUCAUUGCCAAAGUAUGAAGCGUGCAGAAAUUAUAUGUUAAAGACCCAUCAAGCGAGACUCGAGAGAGGUAGAUAGAACCAAUUAACUUCACUGGUUACUCAGCUGCAAGACAAUGGCGGACUUACUAAGGAGACUUGUGUUGCCCUUCUUCUCAACCUAAACCAUAUGCCCACUUCCUCAGAUUGAAGGAAAAUAAAAUACUCAGUCGGUAUACUGAUGAAUGUGGAACUCUUCAGUUAGACAACAAAUAUUGUCAGCAUAUUCAACUACUAGAAAGGUUUCUACUUUGCACUACAGAAAAUGAGUGGAUAUGUUAGUCUCUCUCUGUGAAAAUUUCCUGAAUUGAAGUGACAUAGAACGGGAAGUAAAUCUGAUAGCUACAUCAUGGAGCAGCCUAAUGCUCAUGGCCUGCUUCAGUAUGAAUUAGCCAAGCCUGGGCAAGAGAACAACGAUGCUUCAUCAAGGGGUUUCAUGAUAAGCCAUUCAAAUUCUACAGAUUCUAAUAAGAAACCUCCGGAGCUGAAUUUCACUGAUGUUAAACCAGUACUAAAUUAUUCAAUCCAGACAGGUGAGGAAUUUGCACUUGAGUUUAUGAUGGACCGGGUGAAUCCUAGGAAACCGUUUGUUCCAAAUACACCUGCUGAUCCCAGUGUUCCCAUCCAUACCACGAGCUACAUGGAACUUAAAGGCAUCCUUGGUAUCAGUCAUACUGGGUCUGAAAGUGGAUCAGAUGUUUCAAUGCUCAGUAUUGUAGAAAGAGGACAAAAGGAGUUUGAGCGAAAGAAUUCAUCUUUAGCUGAAGACAGAAGUGCACAUGGAUCUGCCCAACCUUCACUGCGCACAUCAUCAGACUACAAUAGCAAUAGUUUGACCUUUCACGUGUAUCCUUCAUCGGGAACAUCUGAUAGUUCAUCAACAAGGAUUAAGGUUCUGUGCAGUUUUGGUGGUCGAAUCCUUCCUCGUCCAAGUGACUGUAAACUUAGGUAUGUAGGAGGUGAAACCCGUAUUCUCUCUAUUAACAAGGACAUAAGCUGGCAGGAGCUUUGGCAGAAAAUUAUAGUUAUUUAUAACCAAACCCAUGCAAUUAAAUAUCAGCUUCCUGGGGAGGAUCUUGAUGCAUUGGUAUCUGUCUCCUGUGAUGAGGAUCUUCAGAAUAUGAUUGAGGAAUGUCACAUCUUAGGCUAUGGAGAAGGGUCAAAGAAACUAAGAAUGUUUUUACUGUCUGUAACUGAUCUAGAAGAUGCUCAUUUUAGUUUGGGAAGUAGUGAUGCUGAUUCUGAGAUUCAAUAUGUUGUUGCCGUCAAUUGCUUGGAUACAGGAUCAAGGAAGAGCUCGAAUUUGCACGGAAUGGCCAGCACUUCAGGCAAUAACUUAAGCAUGUUAGACAUCAACCCAAGUGUUGAGAGGGAAACAAAUAGAGCUAGAAAUGACUUGGUAUUUGGAAAUCAAGCUUUAAGCACAGGCAUAGUCUCAUUGUCAACAAUUCAACCACCUCAACCAAUUGUAGCAACUGCCUCUGUACCUUACGAGCCUUCACAGUUUCAUAAUAGUCACAUUUUGCAUCAUGUAGAAGCAAAGCCGUAUCCUGGUCACUAUGCUCAUGAACUUCAUGAUAAUUACAUUCCUUUCAGUAUGGGCCCUGUUCCUCUCCCCCCUCAUGGAAUCUCAGUUCAUCCAGGAGAAUUAAUUAUGUCCAGAGUGAAGAGUGAUGGUUCAAUCCAGCAGGAGUUUGGGAAUGAUUUUACACAACCUUCCAUAAAUAACUAUGUUGGGCAGGCAGAGGCUUUUGUUGGAAAAUUCACAGAUCCUUUUCCUGGUAAAGAACCAUUGCCUCAUUUCUCAGAACUAGAAGGUAAAUUUUUAUUGUCAUCAAAGAACGAUGAAAUACACCAUGUUCCUGUAUCUUCAACAUCUGUCAAUGUUAAUGAACCCCAGGUCCUUAAAUCUCAUGACAAUUCAUGUCAGGCUACUUCUGAAUGUGCCAACUCUGAGUCUGACCCACUAGAUUUGAGUUACCUUGCCCCCCCCACUGUACCUUCUCAAAGGACAUUUUUCUCUGAAAGAGCCCCCCGUGAGCAAGCAGAGUUACUAAGCAGGCUAUCAAAGUCGGAUGAUUCACUUGGUUCUCAAUUGCUCUCUGGCCAUCCACAUUCUGGUGCAACAACAAAAGAUUUUAUUUCUGAUACACUUCAAAAGUUACAGAAUGAAAAUAUGGUCCUUCACACCGAGCAGCUUAUCUUGCCUCAAAAUCCAACUUUGGUAGAUCCGCAUGCUUUUACUGAUGGAAUGUCGCAGCUUCAUCCAUUAAAACAAGUGUUUUCAGAUGCAGAUAUUAAAGGUCCUAUAGACGAGGAUAUAAUACAUAAACCACAAAAUGAAACCACAGUAGAUAAAGAGAUGGAAAAGGACCUCUUGGUUAAUGGAAAAACUGAAAUUGGCGAUGGGGGAUUCUCUUCUGUAAACCAAGUGAUCGAUAUAAAGCACCAUGAAGAUGCCUUGCAUGGUCUUCCUGACAAGACUGAGAACAAUGCAAUUGCUGAUAAUACUGAAGGAGCUGCUCAGACAUCUUCUUGGAUGGAAAACACAACUAAGGAUGCCUAUCAAGAGGAUCCCAUUGUUGAGGUUUCCAAACCAGAAGGUGGAGAUAUCCUUAUUGAUAUCAAUGAUAGAUUCCCACGGGAUUUCCUUUCAGAUAUAUUCUCUAAGGCACUUCUUUCAGACAACUCCCCUGGUAUCAAUCAAUUGCAGAAUGAUGGAGCCGGUUUGAGCUUGAAUAUAGAAAAUCAGGAUCCUAAACGUUGGUCAUUUUUUAAGAAAAUAGCUGGAGAGGAAUUUACCCGGAGGGACGUUUCUCUUAUUGACCAAGAUCAAUAUGCUUAUCCACCGGGACUGUCAAAAGUUGAAGAAGAAGCUCCCCUUAGUUAUGAUUUUUCACAAUUUACGGCAGAUGUUUCUACAAUAAGCCAUGUGGAUGCCAAAAUCAAUUAUGGUGGAGGAGAUCACAAAGAAGUAGAUGCUACAUUGAUCUCAGAGAAUGCUGGUUUGAUUUCAGAUUAUAAUCCUUCCCUGGAUGGGAUCACGAGUUUUGGCCUAUCUCCCUUGGAUCCUUCUUUGGGAGAUAUUGAUAUCAGUACCUUGCAGAUAAUAAAGAAUGAAGAUCUUGAAGAACUAAGAGAACUUGGCUCUGGUACAUUUGGUACUGUAUAUCAUGGGAAAUGGAGAGGAACAGAUGUUGCCAUUAAGAGAAUAAAGAAGAGUUGCUUUACUGCUCGAUCGUCAGAGCAAGAGCGACUGACUGUAGAGUUCUGGAGGGAGGCUGAUAUUCUGUCAAAGCUUCACCAUCCCAAUGUCAUGGCAUUUUAUGGUGUAGUGCAAGAUGGACCAGGGGGAACACUUGCUACCGUGACAGAAUAUAUGGUUGAUGGUUCUUUGAGGCAUGUCUUGCUUCGUAAGGACAGGCAUCUUGAUCGGCGUAGAAAGCUCAUAAUUGCCAUGGAUGCAGCAUUUGGUAUGGAGUAUUUGCAUUCAAAAAACAUUGUGCACUUUGAUCUGAAGUGUGAAAACUUGCUUGUCAAUUUGAAAGAUCCUUCACGUCCCAUUUGCAAGGUAGGUGAUUUUGGCCUGUCAAAGAUUAAAAGAAAUACUUUGGUUUCUGGUGGAGUUAGAGGAACCCUUCCAUGGAUGGCUCCAGAGCUAUUGAAUGGUAGCAGUAAUAAGGUUUCUGAAAAGGUUGACGUCUUCUCAUUUGGUAUUGUCUUAUGGGAAAUUCUAACUGGGGAGGAGCCUUAUGCCAAUAUGCAUUAUGGUGCAAUAAUUGGAGGCAUAGUAAACAACACAUUGAGGCCAACUAUUCCAGGCUACUGCGACUCUGAAUGGGGACGGCUGAUGGAGCAGUGCUGGGCCCCAAGCCCAGAAGCUAGACCCUCAUUCACGGAAGUUACUGGACGUUUGCGUGUGUUGUCUGCUGCCUGCCAUUCCAAAGGACAGGUUCACAAGGCAUCGAGUUAAUGAGGAAAUUCAUUUUGUUUUGUUUAUCCAAUAUACAGGGUGUUGCAAUAUGUUGUUUAUUCAUUUAAUUGAACCUGUAAUGACAAUGCCAAAGUAACCGCCUCUUCUAUAAAAGUAUACGUGUCCCCUGGGAUUGUACUGGAGAUAUUAUAGUUACUAAAAUUUUCUAUUCUGGUAGGCACUAGAAAUACCAUCUGGGAAACUUAUCAAAUUUUCAAUCAUAUAAUUAUUAU